ACAAAAAAAAGAAGAAAAAACCAACGGCAACAUCAUUUGAAACCUAACCACUUAUUUUGCAACUAGACAUGUCAAUUAGUUCCCUGGUACAGAACAUUUAGGAGACAGUUUCUGAAACAAGAAGCAGAGAACAACACACAGAGAUCAACCACCACCACCUUCACUACCAUAUAUUUUCAAAUCUUGCUUAAUUUCUGAACUUCUGGGAAUAUUCUGUAGGCAUCAAAAGGGUGAUAUAUAUACAUAUAGAGAGAGAGAGAUAGAGAGAGAUGGAUGGAGUGUUGUAUAAUUACGUGAGGUUGAUGAUGAUAUUAGUGAUGCUGCAAAUGGUGAGAGAGGGAGAAGGACGGAGAGUGAUGAAGGGAUGGGAGGUGGAGGAUGAUGAGCCAAAAGUGGAGGUGAGAUUGGAGAUGCCGACGGCGAUGGAGGCGGAGGAGGAGGAGGGGACUCGUUGGGCGGUUCUGGUGGCCGGUUCUUCCGGCUACGCCAAUUACAGGCACCAAGCAGAUGUGUGCCACGCGUAUCAGUUGCUGAGAAGAGGAGGAGUGAGAGAAGAGAACAUAGUGGUGUUCAUGUACGAUGAUGUUGCAGAUUCACCCUUCAAUCCAAGGCCUGGUAUUCUCAUCAACCAUCCUCACGGCCAAGAUGUUUAUAGCGGUGUUCCCAAGGAUUACACAGGUGAGAAUGUGACCGCAGAGAAUCUGUACGGUGUAAUUCUUGGAGACAAGACGAAGGUGAAGGGAGGAAGUGGAAAAGUAAUAAACAGCAAGCCGAAUGACAGAAUCUUCAUCUAUUACACCGAUCAUGGAGGCCCUGGCGUUCUAGGAAUGCCAAACAUGCCCGUGAUUUAUGCAAUGGACUUCAUUGAAGUUCUGAAGAAGAAGCACGCAUCUGGGGGUUACAAAGAGAUGGUUAUCUAUGUGGAAGCCUGUGAAAGUGGAAGCAUAUUUGAAGGAAUAAUGCCCCAAGACAUUAAUGUUUAUGUGACAACAGCUUCGAAUGCACAAGAACUGAGUUUUGGAACUUACUGUCCUGGCAUGGAUCCUCCUCCUCCACCAGAUUAUCUCACUUGCUUAGGCGAUUUGUUCAGUGUUUCUUGGAUGGAAGAUGCUGAGUCUCACAAUCUCAAAGCUGAAACACUUCAACAACAAUAUCAGGCUGUAAAGACAAGGACUUCGAAUUUCAAUAGCUAUGGAUUUGGCUCACAUGUGAUGGAAUAUGGGGAUACUAACAUAAAAAGUGACAAGAUUUAUCUGUUCCUUGGUUUUGAUCCUGAUUCAGUCAACUUCCCUCCUUACAAUAUCAAGCUCCGACCUCCAAUGCAAGUCAUUACACAAAGAGAUGCAGAUCUUUUGUUUCUCUGGCAAAUGUAUAACAGAUCACAACAUGAACCAGACAAGAGGAAAGAAAUGUUGAAGCAGAUUAGAGACACCGAGAAGCACAGAAAGCACAUAGAUUACAGUGUGGAAUUGAUUGGAACAUUCCUGUACGGACCAGGAAAGGGUUCUUCAGUGUUGAAUCAAGUGAGAGGACCUGGUUUGGCUCUUGUGGAUGAUUGGACCUGCUUGAAAGCUAUGGUGAGAUUAUUUGAAACAGAGUGUGGCUCACUCACACAGUAUGGGAUGAAACACAUGAGAGCAUUCGCCAACAUUUGCAACAGCCACAUCUCCACCGUCGCCGUCAAGGAGGCUUGCCGGGCGGCGUGUGGCAGCUACGAUGCAGGGGACAUGCAUCCAGCAAGCAGGGGUUAUAGUGCUUGAUUCUUUUUUCUCCCACUUUCUUACUAUACUUUAUGUUGUAGUUUUGAGAAAUAUGAAUUUGGUGACAGUAAACAUUGAGUGCUCAUCCCGUCUAAACCGUUGAAAUUCAUAUCAAUGGUUUAUAUAAAUUCACUCAUUUAUUAAUCUUAAGUGAUGUAUGAAUUUAUAACCAUUGAUAUUAAUUUCAAUGAUUUAGAUAACACAGGCAGUCAGGCACUCAGUGUCUACAUAAAAUAUAGUCAUCGAAUCUAAGAGUGCAGCCACAUCUUUUUUUUUUUUUUUUGGUUUUUGUUUGGGAAGUAAAUAUCUUUGUUAGUGGGUGAGAGAAGAUCAAUUUUGUUUUCAUGUAUUAUUAUAAUGGUUCAUGCUUGAUAAGAAGCAUGUUGCCACAUUUUAAUGGAAGUUGGUACAAGGUAAAAAAAAAAAAUCGUAUAAAUACGUUGGUGUAAUUAAAAAAAAAAAAUUGAUAGUC